CUCAAAAAUACAUAAACGUUACAAAAAUAAUAAAAAUAAAAAAUAAAAAUUAUACCUACUGUGCUAAUUCACUAUUUCCAGGCACUAUUCAAAUCACUUUCCACAUAUUAUCUAUUUAAUCCUCUAAACAACCUUACAAGGUAGGUAUUAUUAUUAUUAUUAUUAUUAUUACCAUUUUAAAGAUGAGAAGACUGAAGAAGUUAAAUAAGUUGCCCCAAAUCAUUACAAAGCUAGUAAGUGACAGGGUCAAGAUUUGAACUUAGGCAGUGUGAUUCCAUGCUCCUGAUCACUACACUGAACUACCUCUUGAAGAAAUAAGCCAUUCUUUAUUGCCAUAUGCAUAGGUUACUUGUAAUCUGUCUAUCCCUCCCUCCCUCUCUCCAUCACUCUCUCUGAUAUAGAUGGCACUGUAAUACACAAUUGUGUGUAUAGCUUAUUUUCCUUAUUUUGAAUUUGGCUUAAGAUAAAUCCCUAUGAGUAGAAUUUAAAGAUACAUUACAAGAUGACGUUUUUUGGAUCUUCAUAUGUCCAAUAACAACUUUACUUACCAUGACAUAGCUUGUGCUGAAGAGGUGAAAGUGUCAAGGCCUCGGGCCAUCCCAGCUGAUACAGGAUCAGGCAGAUGGGGUCACGUACUCUGAAGGCUGAAGAUGGCUGCAGGGGAAAUGCAAGAAGGGGCAAACUGGUAUGAAUCUGCCUCGGCUGGCAGCUGGCCUAACUUCACAAUAUAGCCCUUGAUCUAAUUUUAGGAUGAAAGAACGGAAAACACUUCGAUGUUGCUUCUCAAAAUGUCCAAGUAUUAAUGACUUAGUGGCCAAAUUACAGCACCAGUCCUCUCAAUGACACUCCUUUAUGCCAUGAAGUAGGUUAACACUGAGCCGUACGAAUAUACAUGUUUGAAGCCAGCCACCAUGUAAGUCUGACUGCUCUGUGACUCUUGUGAGGAAGCCCAAGCUAGCCCAGAAGAGGUAUCCUGUGGAGAGUGACGAUCAGCCCAAGCUGCUCCAGCCGUCCCAACCUAGGUGCCAGACAUGGAAAUGAAGGAGCUACCUUGGACAUUUUAGCUCCAGGAGACAUGUGUGGAGGAAUAACGGAAGAAACAAACUGUAACCCGAAGUCAGGCCUCAGAUGUGUGGCUGCAGUGAAACCAGCCCGGCCAUCUAUGGUCAUUUGAGCCAUCCCAGCCACUUAGGCAUCAUCAUGAAUAGACGAGCUGUUUCCCCUGAGUGCUGUCCAAACUCCAGAUCCACAAAAUUAAGAGCAUAACACAUGCUGUUUAUUGCUGCUAAACAAACAAAACCUUUUUUUUUUUUUUAUCCACCCGGAAAUUUGAAAAAGAUCAUUUGAAUGAGAAACGCUGGCUGAAAAUCAGUGCUCUUCCUCCUCUACCUAGCCGCUGACUUGGCUCCCAUGUAAAAGCAGCUGCUCACCAUUGGCAAGGAUUUGAUCCAGAGUCACACGUGUGACCUCUCAGAGCAGUAGCAGCAGUGGCUGCUGAAGGCUUAUCCUGGCAGUUUUCUUCCUCUGCUUUACCCCCAGAGGACCAGGGGUGAUCCGUGAAAGCUGGCGCUCCUCGGACUGCUGGAGGGCGCUCCAGCCACUCGGCUGCCUAUGCUACAGGGCUACCUCCGCCUGAUAGAGGAGGGAAAACUCUGGCUUUCACCGUAACCCAACCUGGGGUCAAAUCCCAGCUCCAUCACCUAAACUGGUGAUAUAAUUCUGGCCGUAUAAUUCUGAGCAACUUAACGAAUGUGGAGGCCCUGGAUUUUCUCCUCUUUGAAAUGAGGACAGUAACACCUAACUUAGGUCUGAACUGCAUCACUGGGCUGUGAGCUUCAUGACAUUUUCCCGAGCACAAUACCUGCAGAUGUACACAGAAGAUACUCAACCCUCUAAAGGAAUUUACAGGGAGCUUCAAGCCUGGCUACCUCACAGAGUGACCAACUGUCCUAAUUUGCCUGGGCCUGAGGGCGUUCCCGGGAUGCAGAAAAAUUCUGGGCAAACCGUUGUUAGGAAACAAAAUUCAACCAGCCUUCCCGUGGUUUGGGAUGGACAUCGGUGGAACGCUGGUUAAAUUGGUCUACUUUGAGCCAAAGGAUAUUACAGCCGAAGAGGAGCAAGAGGAGGUAGAGAACCUGAAGAGCAUCAGAAAGUAUUUGACUUCUAAUACGGCUUAUGGGAAAACCGGGAUCCGAGACGUCCAUCUAGAACUGAAAAAUCUGACCAUGUGUGGGCGCAAAGGGAACCUGCACUUCAUCCGCUUCCCCAGCUGUGCUAUGCACAGGUUCAUUCAGAUGGGCAGCGAGAAGAACUUCUCCAGCCUCCACACCACGCUCUGUGCCACGGGAGGUGGGGCUUUCAAGUUCGAAAAGGACUUCAGAAUGAUUGCUGACCUGCAGCUCCAUAAACUGGAUGAACUGGACUGUCUGAUUCAGGGCCUGCUUUACGUCGACUCCAUUGGCUUCAAUGGCAAGCCAGAAUGUUACUAUUUUGAAAAUCCCACAAAUCCUGAAUUGUGUCAAAAAAAGCCGUACUGCCUUGAUAACCCAUACCCUAUGUUGCUGGUGAACAUGGGCUCGGGUGUCAGCAUCCUAGCAGUGUACUCCAAGGACAACUAUAAGAGAGUUACAGGGACCAGUCUUGGAGGUGGAACAUUCCUAGGCCUAUGUUGCUUGCUGACUGGUUGUGAGACCUUUGAAGAAGCUCUGGAAAUGGCAGCUAAAGGCGACAGCACCAAUGUUGAUAAGCUGGUGAAGGACAUUUACGGAGGAGACUAUGAACGAUUUGGCCUUCAAGGAUCCGCUGUAGCAUCAAGCUUUGGCAACAUGAUGAGUAAGGAAAAGCGAGAUUCCAUCAGCAAGGAAGACCUCGCCCGAGCCACACUGGUCACCAUCACCAACAACAUUGGCUCCAUUGCUCGGAUGUGUGCGUUGAAUGAGAAUAUUGACAGAGUUGUGUUUGUUGGGAAUUUUCUCAGAAUCAAUAUGAUCUCCAUGAAACUGCUAGCAUAUGCAAUGGAUUUUUGGUCCAAAGGACAGCUAAAAGCUCUGUUUUUGGAACACGAGGGUUAUUUCGGAGCUGUUGGGGCACUGCUGGAACUGUUCAAGAUGACUGAUGACCAGUAGUGAUGACAGUGGAUAGAAGAGCCUUCUGUGAGAACAGAGACCUGAGACCUGUCGCUGGAGAAGGUAGAUGUCGCUAUGGGACGGAAGCCAAGCCAUUAUGGCAGAUGAACCUGCUGGAUUUGUAAAUAAUUUAAAAUCCUUCUAGCUGAUCUUUUACUCUUGGGUUUUGAGCUUAUGAUUCACAAUGGGGAAUACAAGAGUUUUUUCUGUAUACUGUAUUUUUAAAACACACACACACACACACACACACACACACAAUUUGUGCAGAGAGGCCAAACCUAUGAAUUUUAUGCAUUAACCUUGAAAAGUUGUAUGAGGUUUAAGAAGGACCCGAAGUGUAAGUGCUGUUUAUUUUUCUUCUGGGGUUUACUGAUCAGUGUGGUAAUUUUAACUUCAUUUAGUAAUUACUCUAGGAGAUCUUACCUUUACUUAUAUUCAUCAUGACGUUUCAUGAUUUGCUGUUGGUUUCAAAUGAAACUACAAAUCUGGCAUGCUUUACUGUGAACACUAUUUUGUUUGUUUGUUUCUUUACCUUUUUUUUUUGUCUUGUUUUUUUCUGUUUGAAUGUCUUAUGGAGAAAGAGAGUCCUUCCCCCUGUUUCUGUCGUCAGAUGACUCCCUCUCCUCUCCAAUACCUUUCUUUAAUAUAAUUGUUUGUACCAAUGAAGGGGCUGAUCAGCUCACUAAGAGUGAAGCACGAGAUCGAAAGCGUUCAUGAAUUUUAUGAGUCAGGCAACAGUUGAAAAUGAUAUACAAUGAAUAUACAGUGUUUUGUUGGAUUUACUUUACGUUAGGUUAUAUUAAAUUGUGUUCUCUGAUGAACUGUCCUCAUUCAUACCCACCAUAUGAGUGGCAGCAAAUCCUUAUGCAGGACAUUGGAACUUCCCGGGUGAAGUCUCCCAGUAGAUUAACCGUUCACAUUGGGAGAUGGGGGAGAAGUCAUGGGUUGACGUGUCAGGUAAUCACACCUAUUUGUUUUGUACACGUAUGUACAUAGGAGCUUUGUAACAAGCCAUCUUAAAUAAUACUUUUUUGAUUUGAAGUAUUUCAAACUGAAAACUGCAUUUCAAUCUCAGUUUCUAAUAUUAAAAAAAUCAUGGUACUGAUCUAUCUAUACAUAUUUUUUUUCUUUUUUGAAAGAUGUCAUUGGCACCGAUGGGUAACUUUCAAAUGAGAGUCUUGUACAAAUAUUGAAACGCAUGAGGUCUAGUGACUUAGAACUGAUUAAUCCUUUGAACUGAGCAUAUUGUUGAAAGGGAUCUUUGCAGGCACUAUGAUUACUCCGUGGUGAAUCUUUCCUUCUCUGCCUCCUGAGCACCGUCUUUAAUUGCCAUAUCUUCACGUCUUGGAGAACUCGAUGUUAACUGAAGUAUUCACUUGUCUGGUUGAAAUAAAGCCUGUUUCUGUUG